AUGGGUUUCAGGAGGCUGUUGGUACCACCCCUCAAUCGACUUAACAGGGAUGCCACUCGCUUCCGUACUAAAGCGUUAAACCCAUCAGUGGACGCUUCUGUAAACAUCCCCGAUGCACUAAUAUCUCUUGGCAGCCCCAACAGCACCCUGAAAGCAUUGUUGUUGUUCUGGCUGGUAGUACUCGUGGUGUCCACGGGGUGUCUUUACCUGUUGCUGGUGCCGGUGGUGGCUCGCGGCGCGGAUGUGAGCUUCACGGCAGACACGCGUUACCUACCCUGGACCACCACCUUCCCCGCCGUCUCCAUCUGCGAGCUUUACCACCCCAAGAUGGCGCAGAGGAAAUUUACUGAGCUUUACCCGGAGCUGAUGAAGUCCCAGUCAUACGACUUGCAGAGGUACUUGACCGAGCUGGUUUACAACAAGGCCCUGCUGUGCAGAAAGGGAGUGUGCGAGCCCUGCGGUUCCCGGGUACCCUGUAACUUGGACUGGAGGGGGAUCAUUGAGAAGGUACACCAAACUUGUAACGAACUUAUAACGGACUGCAUUCUCGACGGGAAAGCGUUUCCUUGUUGCUCUAAGUUCCACCAAGUGGAUUCAGAAUAUGGGCCGUGCUACUCUUUCAACACAUUGCAGGGCAAGCGUUCCAGCGAGGAGCCGUUGUAUUCUGUGAAUAGAACCACAGGACCUGGAGUGAUGACCUUCAGGCUUAUGUAUGAUGCCACGGUAUCACUUCAUAGUACAGAGGAUUUAUCAACCAACUACUUAGACUUAAAGUUGAAGUUGGAGCUGCGGCCGUUGCUCAGACAGUAUAACGACGUGGAGUACAUAUUCUCGCUGGUGGAGUUCGACAACGACCCCAUGUUGGUAUACGAUGACGUCUACCAGCGCCGCUGCCGGUACCUCCACGAGAUACCGGACACGCCUUUUGAUACUUACUCGAUAAAGACAAAUCAGAAGCUAAAACAUGUCGUUGACGAUGAUUUAGAUGAUGAUGACCCCUGCUUGCCAUCUUGCUUGGAGAGCGAGCUGACCACUGUACACAUCUCAAGCCGCUGGGUCACCGAUGGCUCGCCGUCGGGCAUUAAAGUGACCAUACGAAUGGCUGGUCUGCCCAAUGUGCGGUUUCAGAGGAACCUAUUGCGAAGUGACUUGGAUUUAGUUGGUACGGCAUCAUUAUUGAUUACAUAA